AUGAAUGGCUUUAUCGAGCGCAUGGACGAGAGGCGCAGGCAGCGCACCCUAAGGGACGAAGCCGCUGCUAGCGGUGAAGCAGAGCUCAAGCAGCAGCAUAUUGAGGCGGUUGGGCAAGGGGGCCCACCUGUCCUCCGCUCAGACUCUUCGACAUUAAGCAACUCCUCAGACAGUACUUCCGCAUCCUUGCGGGAGAAGGCGAGAAGGUUGCAGCAAGAGGCCCUGCUCAACAGGGACCGGGCCACCUGUGUACGAGGGGCCCAACAGUCCUUCAGGUUAAAGGUUGCGGAGAUGCGAGAGCAAGAGGCCGCCAGGCUGCUGGCUAUGGCCGAAGCGGCAGACGAAGGAGUCAAUCAGGCGGGUUCGGUGGGACCCCUCUCUCCAGCAGGCAGCGAUGCGAACAUGACCUCAGCAAGGGGACCACUCAUGUCGGACAUAGCGUCUCUCCCGAAUAUGCAUAGCCCUAGAGGAGCCGAAGCUUUAAACGAAGGGCGUAUAGCUGAAUUGCUAGCUGCCGCAGCAGAACGAAGGGAUAAAGCAACCUGUGUGAAGGGUGGUAAGCAGCGGGCUCUGCUAGCCAUGGCUGAGCGACUCGAGUCUGAGGCUCAAGCUCUUGCUGAUGCAAUCCGGCAGAAGCAGCAGCAGAUGCAGGAACCGGAGAUGCAGCAGCAUGUCGCUGUCUUGGGUGCUCAGGCUGACCAAGCAUUAGCAGAGGAGGCAGCUAAGUUAAGAAAAGAGGCUCUGCUAUGCCGGGACAAGGCCCUAUGCUGUACCGGGGCGAAGCAGCGGCAGCUAAUAAGCCUCGCUGAGCUCAAGGAGCGCCGGGCUGCAGAUGCUAUCGCCCUUAUGUCAGAUCCGGGUUUGCAUUGUCAUCAGCGGGGGGAAGAACGCAACUUGCAGGUGCAGCAAACACCAAGGAGGGCGGCUGGAGAGCUGAGGGGCAGAGUGAACCCUCGAGGGGACUCGGGUAUCUUUGACUCAUGA